AAGUGUACAACAACCUUGCAACCCCUUAAGAAGGUUACGAUUGGGCUCAUCUUGGCAAUUGGAUGCAUUUAACUAUCUGGAGCAACCGGUGUUUUUCCAAAUUUAUAUUUUUCUUAUAAAUACUUGUUAUUAAAACAAAACCGACAUUUAUAAUAUUCUUUCGGCGCAAGCAACAUGAUCAAGAACGCUGUAUCUCUAGUUACUGGUGGAGCCUCCGGUUUGGGGCGCGCAGCUGUUGAAAGAUUUGCUCGUCAAGGCGCUCGUGUUGUGUUGGCCGAUUUAAGCAGCUCGAAAGGCAGUGAGGUAGCCCGUGAGAUUGGCGACAAUGUAAUCUUUGUGCCAGUCGACGUGACCUCCGAGAAGGAUGUGCAAGAGGCAGUGCAGACUGCCAAGGAAAAGUUUGGACGUCUCGAUUUAGCUGUUAACUGUGCUGGUACAGCUGUGGCUGUGAAGACUUAUAAUUUCAACAAGGAUGUGGCACAUCGUUUGGAUGACUUUACUCGUGUACUUACGGUCAACACCAUUGGCACAUUCAAUGUCAUUCGUCUUGCGGCCGGUGUGAUGGGUAUAAAUGAACCCAACAAAGAUGGCCAACGUGGUGUUAUUGUAAACACAGCAUCCGUAGCUGCAUAUGAUGGCCAAAUCGGACAGGCAGCCUACGCUGCUUCAAAGGCUGCUGUAGUUGGUAUGACUCUGCCUAUUGCUCGUGAUCUUAGCACACAAGGCAUUCGUGUGUGUACCAUCGCUCCUGGCCUUUUCAAUACACCAAUGUUGAUGUCAUUGCCAGAGAAGGUGCGUACCUUUUUGGCCAAAUCGAUACCAUUUCCUCAACGCUUGGGCGAGCCAUCCGAAUAUGCUCAUUUAGUGCAGGCGAUUUAUGAAAACCCGUUGCUGAAUGGUGAGACCAUUCGUCUCGAUGGUGCACUUCGCAUGCAACCUUAAAAGUCGAUUUUUCAAACUAAUUUCCUGCAAUUCACCGUCUAAAACGUUGCAUUUAAUUUGAGAGAAUGUUUUUUUUUGUAAAUCUAGUUAUUAAGUUGAAUGUUCCAAUCGUACGCUACGUGCAGACAUGCCUCUAUAUGUGUAUACUACACGUUAUCUACGAAAUAUUCAAAAAUGUCAAUUAUACAAUUAUAAAUGAAAAUAAAGUGAAUCAAGUUUUCUAUACAAUAAUUCCUGUAAGAAUA